AUGGGAUACAAAACGAAGUUUGUUCAAGAUUUAUGCUCAAUCCGUACUGAUAUCUACGAAGAAGUGAUCCAAUUUACUUUAAACCCAAACGUAUUCCUGCAGAAUGUCCAAAAUCUACGCAAAUCAUCGCUUGAAGCAUUGGUAUACGUGUUACUUAUGAAACAACGUGGGAAACUACCCGGCACAAUGCUGGAAGAACGACAACUGAGCCUGAAAGAUAUCAUCUCCAUAAUUAAUAUGAACUAUUUGCAGCUGCAAUCGGAUAGUGAUACUUUCAGAACUCAAUCGGAACGCCUUACUAACGCCUGGCAAUCCUUCAUAACGAUUGCGGAAGCCUUGAAUGAAUCACAAGCCCAUCUCAUCCUACCGGCCCUUGAAUUGUUAGAAAAAGUAAAACCUCUGCAUAUGAUAUGGAAGAAUACGUUGCUACGAAUGAUGUUCCGUCACGAAAACGUCCGAGUCAUCAACUUCGGCUUGGAACACUAUAUAAAGGAUCGUUCCUUCGAUGGCACGGAAGUAAAUCUAGAAAAGCAAUUUCUAGAAACUUUCAAUCGUUCAGCUACUUUUGAUAACACAGCAGACAAAGUUGUAAGCCUUAGUAGUUAUUACAGCACACCGGAAGCUUUGUCUUUUUUGCUAAACACUAUUCCAGAGAUAAGCUGGAACUCAAUACCCUACUAUUGCAUUUCUAUCGUUAUACACGAUCGCGUAAGCGCACAAGAUGCCGGUAAAGAAGGUCUGGUAUUACCACUGAAAUCGCUUACAAAUUGUGUUAAGAUGUGCCAAAAGGUGAAGAACAUUUCGCUAAGAUAUAUCACGAGUAUGCUAAUACUGAAAACUAUAUCUCGUGUUGCAACUCUCUCCAUCAAUGAUCUAAGCGACAACUUUCAAAGAUUUCAGUCAGUGACUACUCCAUCAAUUGACGAGGUUUAUACAAUGGUUGCUGGUAUCUAUCUGUACUACUGCCUAGCAAGGCCAGAACACGAACCCUCGUUUUCAUCGCUAAAUGAUUGGUCCAAGCUCCUCAGUCUGCUUGAUGUUGGAAAUGUUGAUGUACUUACAUUAGUGAUCGAGAUCUUGCACACUGAUAAAACCCUUCUGUCCGAUGAGUAUCGUAUGAAAGUAGCGGACAGAUGUUACGAGGAAAUUUUAAGCUACCGAAAAUCAGACCAUUUCAUGAAACUUAUAAAAAGUUUCAUCGAAAUGCUACUGCAACCUUACAUCCGAAUGGCGGAAUCUGUCGAUCGUGAAUCAGCAACAAUACACGGACGAGUGUCGGAAUACGUGGCAAUGUUUCUCGAACAAGCCAGCACUAUCUACGGUUUGGCAAACAUUGUGUUUGAAACUGUCUUUCAGCUUCCUGUUGAAAUAAUUCUAAACUGGGGUAGCUUCGGAAAAGUGCUGCUGCAGGGAAUGAUUUUUGGCGAUGUACAGAAACGAGAUCAAAAGUAUGUGUUGGAAGAUGAAAAAUCAUUACAACCAUAUCCAUUUUCCAGAUUCAAACAUCAUCCUCGUUACAUUGGCCAGGCAGAUGCACGUGUUCGAGUCCUAUGCGUGCAGUAUCUGUACAAAAUCGCCAAGGCUCCUGAUCAGCCUGAUGCGGCACUGUUUUUACUCAAACUAGAACGAAUGCUCAUUGAACGCUUUGCGCAAAUCACGAAAGCCAAGGAACGUUACUAUGCAGAUUCCAUAACCCAUCGGCAGAAGCUUCGCAUCGUGCAGGCUUUGUGUGUGGUGCUGAAACUGACUGGCAGCAAACCUUAUCCUCUGUUGGAAGUAAUGCUAUAUGAAACAAACCAACCGAACAUCAACUAUCUGAUCGAAUUGAUCGUAGCGGAUAGCUCGAUCGAUACACUUACGAUUGCAAACUCGCUUCGAAACGAAAAGGUGAAAGUAUCCGGCAUACAGUCGGUGUUUGUGAUACUCUGGUUGCGGUGUUGUCAGACGAAUUCCCUGGAUGAGCAGUACAUCUAUCUGUUGCUUCCCUGGACUAUGGCUCAAAAUUUCUCCACCCGUCUGUACGCCCAAAUUACGAUCAAGAAACUGAUCGCAAAAUUCUCCACCCAACCGAUCGAUGCUGGACCGUUCAGAGAGAUUUACGCCGCUGUUAACAGCUACCUUCGGCAGGGGAACGUCGAACGCAACAUUGAAAAGUGCAUGAAAGAUUUUCGCUUCAACAGCGUGUUUGAUUACGCUAAUCUGUUGACGUUGGAGAACGUGUUCCAUAACAUCCCGAGGGUGUCCGCCGCGCCAGUGGAGGAUGUCGUCGGAACAGCCACUCUGAAGGAUUGCUACCAAACGCUUGGCCUUGCUGAGAGUAACCUUGGACAAGCCCUCGAAUUCGACGAACUGCGCGCGGAGAAGCGCGUAAAUUGCUUCCUGGCUGAAUCCUUCGGUGGUGCCGAUUUCGUGCAACGAAAAAUAGUACCGCUGAAGAAUUUGGAGCCGGCACAAGACAUGUUGCUUGGUUUGCCGGAACAUUUGUGCGCCAAAAAGAUGGAUUCCACUGAAGGAUUGAUCGUAGUCGCCAGCUUGGUAAAUCGUGCCCCCAAUCUUGGUGGUCUAGCAAGGACGUGUGAAAUAUUUGCUGUAAAGCAAUUUGUAAUUAAUUCGCUACAAGAUAUUGACAAUAAGGAAUUUCAAGCACUGAGCAUGACCGCCGAGAAGUGGCUCAAUGUGGGAGAACUAAAAACGCACAAGAUUAUAGAGUACCUGGAAGAAAUGAAAAGCAAAGGCUAUGCGAUAGUAGGAGCGGAACAGACGACCGGCAGCAAGCCGAUAGAGCAGAUGCAGUUUCCCAAAAAGUGCAUUCUUGUGUUGGGACACGAGAAAAACGGCCUUCCAGCCGAAAUUAUCCGGCAUCUGGAUUUAAUCGGAGAAAUUCCACAAUUUGGUGUGGUUCGUUCGCUGAACGUUCAUGUAACCGGUGCCAUUUUCAUGUGGGAGUAUGCCAAGCAACAUCUCGUCAAGACCCUCGCUUAGUGUAACAAAAUGCUA